ACUAAUAGCAACACAUAUCUGAAACAUAAAUAAUGUGCCCAAAAAAGAAGAAUUUGACCGAAUAUCUAAAAUUAAUAAUGGGCCAAAAAAACAUUUGACUUUGAACAUGCAACUUAAUUUCCGGUCAACAUAUAAUUUUUUUUCAUAUUAACAUAUAUGCAAAUAAACUCUUAAUUACAAGUGAAGUCAAACCCCGCUUAAUUACUUUCCAAUCAGAUUUCUAAUAUAUAUAUACGUAAUGCUUCAGAAAGCAAUCUUCAAAAUCUCUCAAGUCUCUCAAGCAAAAAAAAAAAAACCCCUAAUACUGUAAUUUAGACGAGACUCCAUUACUCUAAACAUGUCAUAUGGUUCGUGGUUUUUAGACGAGACUCCAUUACCAAAACUAGGCUUUCUCGGGCAAGGAAACUAUGGCUAUGUCACCCUGGUUCGAAACAACGAUGGACUACUCAUGGCUAAGAAAACAUCUUUCCUCAAAUACUCAGAGGAUCUCGAGAAAGAAGUAAGGAUCAUGGAUCGCUUCUUUUCAAUCAAUUUCAACACCGUGAGAGCCACGAGCCCUGCUGUCUCCUACGAAACCAUGCCAUUCAACGUGAAAGUCUGUUCCAUUCACAUGGAAGUCGCACCACAUGGUUCACUCAAAGACAUGCUGACCAAAGCCGGUGGGACAUUACCGGAGAACGUCAUCGGUUAUUGCAUUUUCCAGGUUCUUGAAGGGCUUAGGGAUCUUCACCAACACAGUUAUGUCCAUUGUGAUCUCAAGCCAGAGAACAUACUCAUCUUCCCGAGCUAUGCUCAGGAAGAUCUUUGCGAGCUCAAACUUGGUGACUUCGGUUCGGCUAAGGAACCCAAUGGACCUGAUCCAGUGGAUGGGUCUUUGUUCGAGGACAAUCCGGGUUAUUUGGCUCCUGAGGCGGUCGGGCCACGUGGAGUGAUCUCGUCGGCGGUUGAUAUCUGGUCCUUAGGUACCAUGGUGAUUGAGAUGAUGGGUAUUACUAUAAGUGGAUGGAGUGAUUACGUGCCGGGGACUCUAUCGCAGAUGACUUGGGACUUUGUGAGGAGAUGUAGAGUGCGGAAUCCAAGGGCUAGAGCCACCGCGGAGGAGCUCAUGAGUCAUUCUUUUGUUAACCAAAGUCUUGGGGCUCCACCGCUUGAGCUGCUUCCAGUUCCUUCUUGCCUAAGUAAUGGAGUGGUUCAAGGAAGGCUUUUCUAGAAGAUAUAUGAUGGAAUGUGAUGAAGAGGGCCGUGAGAUUGCGGGUGGAGAUGAGCCGGAAAGCAAUUGUUUUUAUUUUCGUUGGUGUCAAGUUAUUGUCAAGUUAUUGUCGUUAAAAAUAUAAAAAAAGUUAUUGUCGUUUAAUUUGCAUUUUGUUUCUUUUUCUUUUUGGUUAAAAGCAUUUUGUUUCUUAUUAAUAUAAACUCAUUUGGUUCAGUUUCAAAAAAAAAUACAAACUCAUUUGGUGGCUUCACGGGCCUAGUAGAGAAGUUCGGUGUGUUUCUCCGACCGAGCCUGUGAAAAGUCUAAGACACCCGUUUGUCUAGUGAACAACGAAGUCUCCUUUUCCUUCUUCUCCUCGUAUUUCCGUUUAUUUUGGUCGUGGAGAUGAUGAACCCACCGUCGUGUUGAAGAAGGAAGUGCUCUUAGAACCAUAUUUUGGAUUUCGCUCUGAUUCCAAGUAACGGAAAUUGAAUAUUGUGGUGCAUUAGAUAGUAAACAUUCAUGUGGUGUGUAUGUGUUGGGGUUGAAAUGGAUAGAGGGCCACAAAUGAAUAAUUUAAAUGUGUGUUAAUGUGGUAACGUGGGAAUUUAGUGAUCAUGAUCGGGUGAUUUAUCAGGCGUCAGAUUUUUUUUUUACUUUUGUUUAUUUUGCUAAUAGUAAUAUAGAUGUUAUAAAGGUCAACUAGAAUAAUAUUUUUUUCAUUGUUAGUAACGUUGACAAAAUCUAUCGUAAUACUAUUUAUGAAGUGAUUUUAAAUAUUAAAACAGAAGUCACAACCUUAAUUCACGUGUGAUUUUUUUGAAAAUGGACCUAAUGGACCUAUUCCUAGAAAAUCAUGUUACAUUCAAUCUCUAAUCU